UCGUGAAGCGACAAGCUUUAAGUAGAUACAAGUGGAGUGGAUGUCUGUACUGUACUGUACCAUCUAGCUAGCUAUUUAUAUACAAACAAGAGAAAGAGCACUGAGCCGACAGAAACAAAACCCGCGUACCGACCGUACCACGCGGUACGCAUCAUGAUGUGUGGAUGCAUUCAAUGCACACAACACCCACCCCCAUCCCCACCUACUUGGACAUUCACGCACGGGCACCGGCUAGCUACACCGAGUAAGUCUUCACGCGGCUCUGAAUCCCACCCCUACAAAUCGCGCACACCAUCAGCUGGUCCGCACACCGCCCGCACACCAUAUGGCCGCACGGAACCAAACACACAUCAGGCCGACGCAUCAAGCAUAUUGGGCAACCCGGCGCGCCUUCCGGCAGCCUAUCGCGGGAGCCAAUCGAGUCGCUUGAUGUUGCUGGCUGUGGGAGCGGGCCGACGUCCAAAACAACAGGUGCUGGCGGGGCAGAGGGAAGGGGGGUAGGGGCUUCCUGAUCGGCUGAAAGAAAGAAAAACGGAAAUAUGGACAAAUGAGGGAGGCGGUGGUUGAAUCGUCGCUCACUCGUUCGGUCUUCUUGCUGAGCAGGCUCCUGUGGAGGAGUCUCGCGCCUGCAAUGCACAGUGAGGCAUUCCACGACUGUACUGAGCCCAUGUCAAACUCCUUACUCCUUGGCCAUGUGAAGGAAGCACAGGAAGACCACGAUUGCAAUGGCCACGUCAGUCACGAUGGGCGAGUGGACGGCAAAGAUCAGCCAGUCGCCAGACAUGAAUGCCUGCAUGCAUUGAGAGAGGAGGGCACCCAGGCAUCCAUGGCCACCUAGGUCAGGUCAUACUCUAGGUGCUGUGCUGCCGUACCCAGAGAAGUGCGUAUCCGAAGAAGACCACCAACAGUCCCCACACAGACGCCGUAUAGAAUGCAAUCACCCAGAAGAGCCAUUUGAUGAACCCCACGAGUCCAACAGAGCUUACAAUAAUGAACAGAACGUUGACAAUCAAGACAGUCACCAAACGACGCCACUGUGGAGACAAACGUACGGACAGAUGGCGCACACACAGAGAUCGUCCGUAUGUAUGAGAGUGCGUGUUUGUGUGUUGAUUCGUCACCCCAUAGAGAAACAGAGCCAGCGCACACGAGCCGAUCUGAAACAGCGCCGCCAGGAUGCCAGCAUUGCGCCUGCCACGCAGACAGGACAGACACAACAGCCACCAGCACUCAUCCGCGUGUGCGUGUACAUGCGUCAUGCAAUUGUCUGCCUGGCUCACCAUCUCUUGGACUCAUUGGUGAGCUGGCGGGCGAGGGGGGGUGGUAGGCAGCGGGAGAAGAGCAUACUCGGGCUUCGCGAGGCAAACAGCCCUUCUCUCCGUGUCCUCUCAUUGUUGUCUCUCGCCGGUGCGCCAACGUGUCUAGACGCUCUCGUCAACAUUCCACGACGUCGUGCGCUCAACUGUGCUCCUUUUUAG